AUUUUACAUAACAAAAUUUAUUUUUUGAUAUUUCCAACGUAUACAGUGAUUUGGAAGUUAGGUUUUAGUGUGUGCAUUAGAAUAGAAAUAGGAUAAAUCAUAGAAAUAGCGCUUAAGGCUUCCAUAGUAAAAGUUCCCAAUAGAAAGGCAAUAUUGAGUAACGCAGAGAAAAGAUUUCAUAAUAAAAUUGCAGUCGAAAUCCACACAUGUUUUCGAGGGGUGCGAGACAGUUAGAGAGGCGGCUGCGUAUUCAGCCCCUGGGGACGUCUCUGGCGAGGGCAUACGCAGCAGGGGAAAGUGCUCUGCCUCAACUUACAAAGGAUAGGUACCCAGUCCAAAGAGGAGAUUAUGCAGAAUUAACAGACAAUCAUUUAUCCUUCUUUAAAAAUCUAUUGGGACAUAGAGUUAUAACAGACGCAUCAGAAUGCGAACCUUAUAAUAUAGAUUGGAUAAAAAGUGUUAGAGGGUAUAGUAGAUGCGUUUUAAAACCAAAAACUACGGAGGAAGUGUCGAAAAUAGUUUCGUUCUGUAACGAGCACAAAGUGGCAAUUUGUCCGCAAGGCGGAAAUACCGGUUUGGUAGGGGGAUCCGUUCCUGUUUUUGACGAGGUCGUCCUUUCUUUGUCCCAAAUGAACCAAGUCCUCGACAUCAAUGAUACUUCAGGGGUUUUGGUUUGUGAAGCUGGUUGCAUAUUGGAGAAUUUAGAUGAACGAUUGAGUGAUCAUGGGCUUAUGAUGCCCUUGGAUUUGGGGGCAAAAGGAUCCUGUCAUAUUGGUGGAAACGUGUCCACUAACGCUGGAGGAUUAAGGCUCUUAAGAUAUGGAAAUUUGCAAGGAUCAGUUCUAGGAUUAGAGGCUGUAAAAGCAAAUGGUGAAAUUUUAGACUGCCUUAGCACUUUAAAAAAGGAUAACACAGGGUUUCAUCUGAAACAUUUAUUCAUAGGAUCUGAAGGAUCUUUAGGAAUUGUUACUAAAGUUGCCAUACAGUGCCCACCUAAACCCAAGGCUGUAAAUUUAGCAUUUUUGGGAUUAAAAUCUUUCGAAGACAUUCUUAAGGUUUUAAAAAAGGCGAAACACGAACUAGGAGAAAUUCUGUCGUCCUGCGAAAUGAUAGACGAAAGGUCUAUAAACGUGUGUACAGAACAUUUAAAGGUCAAGAACCCCUUGCCAGAUUAUCCGUUUUAUAUGCUGAUAGAAACCCACGGCAGUAAUAACGCACAUGAUGAAGAAAAACUUAACCAAUUUUUAGAGAACGUUAUGUCGGACGGCUUGGUUCUAGAUGGUACUGCUACGAAUGAACCCAGCAAGAUGAAGAACAUUUGGGAACUUAGAGAACGCAUCACAGAAGGAUUACUGUAUGAUGGUUACGUUUUUAAGUACGAUAUUUCCCUACCUAUAGAAAAUUUCUACUCGUUAGUUCCUGUUAUGAAAGAAAGACUGGGUAGUGAUGCUGUAAGAAUAAGUGGAUAUGGACAUUUAGGUGAUGGUAACAUUCAUUUAAAUAUCUCGGUCAAGGACUUUACGCAGGAGAUAUACAAAAAAAUUGAGCCUUUUGUUUAUGAAUACACCUCAAAAUUUAGGGGUAGCGUUAGUGCUGAACACGGUAUAGGUUUCAGAAAACCCAAAUAUAUACACUAUUCCAAAAGUCAAGAAUCUGUGCAAUUAAUGAAGGAACUGAAAAAACUCAUGGACCCUAAGGGAAUUUUAAAUCCAUACAAAGUAUUGCCUUAAUAAUACUCUGUAUACCUACA